GCCUAUUUCCCCGUCUAUCAUGGUGAAGUUCUUCGAUGAGAUACCUCCCCAUGUCCUGCAAUGGAUCGAGAAGCAGCACAUGUUCACGGUCGCUACGGCUCCUUUAGCAGCGGAUGGGCAUGUCAAUGUCUCCUCGAAGGGUGUAGGGGGGACGUUCCAUAUCGUCAAUAAUAGGAAGGUAUGGUACGAAGAUCUUACAGGCAGCGGCAGCGAAACCAUCGCGCACUUGCGCGAGAAUGGACGGAUAACCAUUUUCUUCAACGCCUUUGAAGGCCCUCCGAUGAUAUGUCGCCUAUUUGGCACAGGGCUCGUGCAUGAAUUUGCCACACCUGAAUAUGAUGCCUACAUACCUCCGGACAAGCGGACGCCAGGCUCGCGCUCCGUGAUAGUGGUCGAUGUCCACAAAGUGGCGACGAGCUGCGGCUUUGCAGUUCCUUUCUACGACUUCGUCGGCCACCGUGAUACCCUUCUCAGUUCGGGCACACGGAAAGAAUUGGCUGACCUCAACGCACUUGAUGGAAGAGGCGAGGGUGGGCUCAAAGCUUACUGGGAGAACAACAAUACGCGCAGUAUAGAUGGGCUCUCUGCGUUGCAGUUCGCACAUAAGUCGGACAGGGUAGCUGACGCUACUAGGGAUUUCAGUCGGUUCGGUGUGGUGACUCGCAAGAAGGGGGAGCGACGGAAUAUCGGGGGAGAAGAGAUGAAACUGAUGCUGCUGGCUUUCUUGUUUGGAGCGAUUGUAUCAGCCUUCUUUGCAAGGCUGCUCCGGGGAUGUUGACGGUAGUGUUCAUACUUGUACAUGCCUGUGUAAGUAGGCCGUACUUGCUUACCUUUGACCUGCUCACCACGAGCACCGGGAC